GAUCUUGUCUCUUUAGUUGUGGAGGAAGAAUCUCAGAAACGUGAGAAGAAUUCAGGCGUCUGCUUCCCUGUUCCUGUCCCUCAUCCUGUGAUCCUGGAGAUCGGCUGUGGCUCUGGAGCAAUUGCUCUGAGUCUAUUGUGCAAACUGCGACAGAGCCAGGUGAUAGCUGUGGAUAAAGAGAAGGCUGCUGUGGAUCUCACCAGGGAGAAUGCACAUAGGCUGCAACUCCAGGACAGGAUCCACAUCCUUCACCAUGAUGUUUCGUAUGGUUCUGCCGAGCAGCUGCUGCUUUUGGGCCCUGUAGACUUCAUAGUCAGUAACCCCCCGUAUGUCUUCCAUGAAGACAUGGCUUUCUUGGAUGCAGAAAUCCUCUGCUAUGAGGACCUUGAUGCACUAGAUGGGGGAGAUGAUGGGAUGAGAGUCAUCAAAACGAUUCUGGGUUUGGCUCCUUCUCUUCUGAAGGAUUCUGGGAGUGUGUUUCUGGAAGUUGAUCCCAGACACCCAAAUAUGGUGGAGAACUGGCUACAGGCACACCCCCAUUUACUACUCAUCCUCCGUGCCAUUCACAAGGACUUCUGUGGCAAGCCUAGGUUUCUGCACAUCCAAAAACAAAGCAGAUGA